GUGUGGGUGCAGAAGGCACGGAGUCUGCAAGAAGAGCCUUGGUCGAAGACAUUCUAUGCUGCCUACGUGGGUGGCUGCUUCGUGGGUAUGGCAGGGUUGCUUUGCUUGGCGGUGGGUGGUAACAUCACCGCCAAUCCGACUGUACGCAACCUGCUCUUCGCGGCCUUGUUCCCGGUGAACUUGCUGCUAGUGCUGCAAACUGGCGCGCAGCUCUUCACGGGCAAUGCUGCCAUCAUGGCCAUCGGUGCUUUCGAAGGACAAGUGACCAUCAAGAGCCUCCUCCGCAACUGGGGCCUCAGUUUCGUUGGGAACCUGCUCGGGUGCCUCACGCUGAGUGCUGUGGCCCAGUACACCGGCCUGCUGACAGGGGGUGCCGCUAGCAUGGCCAUGGAAGCCGUGCUGUCCAG